AUGGAAGCUGGGAACUGGCCCGGCCGACACGGCACCCGCACCACGGGCUCGCGCGUUCGGUUGCUUGGUUGCUGCUUGCUUGCUUGGAUGGAUUGCUCCUCUCUCCGAUUCCUCUCUCUCCUCCGUCUUGCUCUCCUUCCUUUCCGCCCUUUCCCACUGUUCUCGAGCGUCCAACUCCGUCUGUCUCCCUUCCUUUCUCCGCCUUUCCGCUUCUACCUUUUUCGUGCAUCCCUCUCUGUGCCUUUCUCCCUCCGACUUAUCUCCAGUGGUGCAGCGUGCCCUGAGAAACUUGUUAGAAACGUGGAACUCGACCCUUUGCACAUAUCUGAGCCAUCAAGCCUUUUAGGGGGACGGGAGUCAGAAGAAAAAGCACGAUACAAGGGCAAUUACAGACAGUACCUGUUCUGGUCUGGUCAAGUACCUCCGAUACGUACACUUGCUUACCCCUGCGCCAUUGCACAGAGUGAGAGUGGGAUCUUCUCCGAGUCCUCCCCCCGUGCCUCACAAACCCGUCCUGGCCGUCUAAAUGGCCGAAGCACUGGCCAAUUCAUCUACUGCUAUGCCGCCUGCAUUCUGCACAAACUGACUGCGCGCACCGCUGCUCCCAGACACACUGAAGGGGGUGACUCGAGGUACCUUACCUUCGCCUACCUACCCACCCCCGUCUGCCCCGGUACCCAGCUGCACUCUGCACUCUGCACUCUGCACUCCCCCCCCUUCACAGCGGGUUUAUGGACAACGCUGUCAUCAAACACCGCGACAGCGCCUCCCGGCCCCUUCAGCCAAAAUAAUUCUUGCCCCCUUCCGACCACUCCCUUUCAAUUCUGCUACUCCCUCGCACGAACCACACAUCUCGCCCAAGUUCCAACCAACACCACCACAACACAACCUCGGACGGACAUCGACGACAACGACGACGACGUUACGCUGAACACUCACGGUCGCUCGUUUUCCCUCUCACAAUUCAUUCAACAACAACCUGCUUUAUUUCGACUUUCGCAAUCGAUUACCCCGUCCUGGAAUACCACGCAACACAUCGUCUCCCUUCCCCGUCUGGGACCAACGUUGCGGCCGGACGUGGCCAUACUGGAGGACCACUCGGGUUGA